GGGUAAGGCAAGAAUGGUUGCCCGGUCAACACAACCCACCACACUGUCUUCCGCUGCAGACGAACACCUCCACAUCUUCAAUCUCCAAUCUUGCAUCGCCGUCCACCACAGUAGGUAGUUUUUUCUCUUCUUUCUUUUUGGGGGAUUUUAUCGAUACUUUUCCUUCUUUUUCUUUCACUUGCAUGCCUGCGGUCCAUUCAACGAGGGAAUUGGAACACCAACUCUAGCCACAAAUCUCAGAGACAACAGAGCAAUUGGUCAACAGAGUUGAAUGCGGGCAUUGUCACAAUGAGUGUUCGGGUCGUCGCACGGGUACGACCACUUCUCAAGUCUGAAAGAGAUCUCGAUGUCAUUCUUCGUACGGGCGCCUCCGCUGGCGCUGCCGAGACCAAGUCGCGCGAAUCCCUGAACGGCGAUCGAAAGUUGGCGGCGUUGAGAGAUCGGGAUAAUGUCGUUCGCAUUCCAAACCCUAAAAAUGAGGGGGAGGAAUACACAUUUCAAUUCAAUGCGGUCUACGACGCGGAUGUGACACAGCAAGAGUUGUUUGAUGCAGAAGUCGCGCCCACGAUCAAGCACCUUUUCAAUGGAUUCGAUAUCACUCUCUUCGCGUAUGGUGUUACUGGAACCGGAAAAACACACACGAUGCGUGGCGGUAAAAGUCUCGCGGAACGAGGUGUGAUUCCCCGACUCCUGAGCGGCAUAUACAGGCGGAGUCGAAAGAUGGAAAAGGAUAGCAACGGAGAGACUACCGUGCAGGUCUCUCUUAGCUACUACGAAAUCUACAAUGACAAGGUGUAUGACUUGUUUGAGCCUCCCGAGAAGCGCACGCUGGCAGGGCUCCCUCUUCGGGACAACGGAGGCAAGACGGUGGUCUGUGGGCUGACUGAGAAGGCUUGUACAAGUUUGAAGGAGUUUGAGGGCCUUUACGACCAGGCGAACACCAAUCGAUCAACAUCUGCGACGAAGUUGAAUGCCCAUUCAUCUCGCUCCCACGCAAUCUUAGGAGUAAAAGUGACCGUCACAACACCGGAGAAGACUCGCGUCAGCACUGCUUCCGCAAUCGAUCUCGCAGGUUCGGAAGAUAAUCGACGAACGGAAAAUGACAAGGAGCGGAUGGUGGAAUCGGCCAGUAUCAACAAGAGUCUGUUUGUUCUGGCACAAUGUGUCGAGGCAAUCACCAAAAAGCAACACCGUAUCCCCUAUCGCGAGUCUAAGAUGACACGGAUUCUGUCAUUGGGACAAAACAACGGCCUCACCGUUAUGAUUCUCAACCUUGCACCCGUCCGAUCAUACCACCUAGACACGAUCAGCUCUCUGAAUGUUGCCAACCGCACCAGGAAGAUUGAGGUACGAGAAGUCGAGAACGACCCAAUCUUCAAAGGCCCAGCCAGACCGGCCAUUCGGCCGUCCCUGGCUGCAACUCGGAAGCCCUUGCAGCCCCUCACUGCUUCAGUACAUGUCAACAUGCCUGCUUCUGUCGUCAAAGACCCGGCUAAGAAGGACGAAGACAAGCCCCUCAAGGCUUUCAGCGUCUACUCCGAUCGAACCCAGGCCAAGGCUGUGACUCAGAUCCGAAACACCGAGAUCCCCAAGAAAACGUCUCUCUCAGAGACGCAUCCUAUUCGAACGUUGAAACCACCCCGUCCCAGCAUCGUCCCACCACAGAUGAACUAUGGGGAUAUUUGUGCGGCCAAAAUCGAGGAAAUGGUCGAGAAAAAAGUUGAAGAGAUUCUGGCUGUGCGGGCUGUGAGCGAAAAGUCAAGGCAGACUGAGGUUCGCGAGCUGAACGAGCAGCUUCAGCGUCGGUUGGAACAGCUCGAACAGCGCAUUGAAGGCACUGAGGACGCUCGUGCCGAGGGUCUCUCCUACCUGCUCAUGGCCAAACAGCACCAGGCGCGUGGCGAAAACAGCUCCGCACUGAGGAUGUACCAGCUGGCUCUUCCGCAUUUCCCGCACAACCAGAAACUUGCAUCUAAGAUUGCAGCUUUGAAGGAGCGCCUUCAUGGCAAAACCCAGGCUCGUCAAUCUGUGGCCCAUGUAUCGCCACCCAAGGGUAGAUUUGGCAGCAUGCUGUCUCUCAAGAAGGAGCCGACUCUUACACUAGGCAAACGUCAGGCGGAGGAUUUCGAUAAUACUUACAUGGGCGAAGCUGGCGAUGGAUUCUCCAGCGAUGAGGACGAUAUCCUCCCAAAGCCAAAGAAGCGCGCCACAUCCAAGGUUCUCCGUCAGAACGGUGGUGAUCUGAGCACACUGGAUGAAUGUGAGGACCCCUCCGUCUCGCCACGAACCGUCCAUCUUCUCUCUAUCAUCAACUCGCGGGAUGUGAGUCAGAUCAAAUUACUCAAGGGAGUUGGUGCCAAGAAGGCCGAGGCUAUCGUCGACUGUCUCUGCGAGAUGGACCAAGCGGCAGGCACCACCGACGAGAUAGUCUCCGAUCAGCCACAGUUCCAAGUGGGCAGUCUGGCCGAACUAAGUACGUUGAAGGGAGUCGGUGUUCGCACGGUUGAGAACAUGCGGAGUGGGGUUCUGGUGUGAUUUUGCAUUUCCAGUUUUCAUGUCUUAGGCAUUGGCUUGGCCAUUUGUUGGAUUGUUUUCAUGCAUCUUCCUUCAGCGACGGUGCUGGGGCGUUUUUGGUUUAGUUUUUGCAGAUUUGGGGUUGUUCUGAAUUAGACGAAUGAAGUUUUUAACUGAGAGUAUAUCUCCAUACCCGAGAGUGUGGAUAGGCAUGCUGAGCAUCCACAGACCCCGAAUUCCAACGGUGACAAGGUUCAAAGUUUUGACAUCAGUGAACCUCCCUUGCGCCGCCUACAUAUAAAUUUCAGAUCUGAGCUAAUUGCAACCUUUGUACUCUUGUUAAACCAGAAAAAAGCUAUGAUGCUAAAUAUCCUCUGAAUUAUACAUAUCAGCUGUCAGUGGCAGCCCAACGAAUCACUACGUGAUAAUGCCAAUGCAUCCGUCUAUCAUGCUCAAUUAAACCGUUUGAAAUGCACCCCAUUGAAACACCAGAGCCCAGGGACUCUGGCCUUAUCGAUCAUCACCAGCUUUCCAAAGGCAUUAUAUUAUACCUUGCCAAACUUCACGCCACCGACAACAAGCCGAGCGACAACAAACAGUGUCGCACCUGCAAGCAUGACCACGCCACUGAAGACCUGCAGCCUCGUGUACGAGCCAGUCAGAACAUCAGGAACCAAGGCACCGCCAAUAGGGGUACCGGUAAGAGCGGCGAAAGCAAUGAUCGAGAAGCAGGUACCGUUGCGGACACCAACCUCACGAACAUCAGAGAUUUGGGCGAUAAGGGCUGGGGCGAGAGACACGAAGGCACCGGAGCCAAAGCCGUACAAUGCGCUGAAGACGAUGGCGGGGGCGUUGCUGCGUGAUGGAAGCCAGAGGGCUAGGACAAGGAUGCCGGAGAGAUAAGAGAAGAAGAUCAUCACGUUGUAUCGACCAACGCGGUCUGCCAGGUAACCUGGGAGUGUACGGCCAAAGACACUAUAGUGAAGGAUUAGUAUACAAGACACUGACAUCGG